AUGGCUUUGGCAGAAAGAAGACCGUUGGGCUACGCCGUCUCCUCCCCAUCCUUUAACGCUGCUCCCUUGAGCGUCUCCGCUGCCGUGGCUGCGGCCAACAACGCUGCCUUGAGAAAGGAGAGAGACUCGACCCCUCAGUACACCGUGGAUGCUCCCAAGCGUGGGGGUGUUUCCGACAACUUUGAGGAGUCUCCCUCUCCGUUUACCGAUGACAACAAGCCUCUGACGCCUGACACCAGUGUUAGUCCAUCCGAUUUAUCCCCUUCCUCCCACCCGCUCGGUAAGAUUGAACGGUCGCCGUCUCCCCUUGUUGCUGACCCUACAUCCCCCGCGAGAUCCAAAGAAUCCCCCCUUUCCACAGCCACCUCUCCCGGCAAGGAGUCAAAGAAGGAUAAGCUCCCUAAACAGCUCAGGGUCCCAGCCGCUACCGGCAUCUCCACAACCAUUCCUGUCACCGGCGAGAGACCAAAGCCAGAGCGCCAUGCGUCUUUGGAAGACGACGUGUUGUACGCCAUCUUUGAAAUCUUGCACGAAAAGGAUGCCGAAGGGGCGGGCAUGACCGUCAAGCAGGUGUGUGAUAUUUUGAUUGAAAAGCACCCAGACAUGGCCAAGCUAUCCUCAAAGACCUCCAACUUGGUCAGUGCCAAGUUGAAUGCGUACGUGAAGAGGGUCGAGAAGGGCGAAAAGUCCUUGAUCUAUGCGUUAUCCAGAGACUGGGCCGAUGCAUCACCCAAGCGAAUGGUCUACGUGUACCGCGGGUUGUUGGCGAAGGACUUUCACGUGCACGUGCAAGCCCUUGUUGAAAGCAAGAAGGAGGCUGAUGAAAAGAGUGGGAACCCGUUAUUGGCUACUCCAGCCACGUCGGCCUCUUCCCAGAGCUUCACCACUACCAAGAAUGUCUUGAAGGACUCCUUCACCCCGGACGACUUCAAGACCAACAGCGGAAACAAACAGAGACGUGCCACGAUGUACGACAUCAGGCCUGUCAAGUCCACCUUCUUGGAGUCUCCUAUCGACUUUAGAAACCUCCACUUGUCUGGUAUUCCGUACUCCGUGGCUCCGGUGACGGCUUCUUUGGCCGGAACCUCCUCGAUCAUGUCUACGCUUGUGGAGAGGGACGCGUCCUCUUUGAGAGACUUGAAGUUACGUGCUCUGGACAUGAAGACCGAAGAUGAGUCGCCCCAGGCCUCGGAUUUGGACAUGUCCGACUAUAUUGAUGAAGAAGAGGAGCUCGAUUCCGAGGACGAGACUUCGAGACCGUUUUUCCGCAACAAGGCCAAGAGAUCAAAGUCCAUGUCUGCUUUGAGCAAUGUCAAGCGUCCCAGACCAAUGACCGCGGCCGCGGCCGCUCCGCGUAUUCCGAGAAACUCGAUUUCUACCGCGGAACACGCUGCCGUCUUGGAAGCGCUUUCCCCGCCAGACUCCAUCGUCUCCGUCACCUCUGCCUACGCCGGAGUUCUGUCGGACUCCUCAGCCUCCUCCGAACCAGCUAUUUCCCAGAAAUGGUUGAAGGUGGUGAGAUCAGGCUUUUUGACCCAGGACAUUGGUGCUCCAGAAGACAUUUCCUUGUCCGAGCUUGACAUCUUGUUCGACCCAACUUUGACCGAUAUCUGCAUCAUCGGCGGUGGCCCAGCGGGGUUGACCUUGCUUACCGCUCUUAAGAACUCGCCCGUCACGUCCAACUUGAAGUGCACAUUGGUAGAAGGCGGAGACCUCCAAAAGAUCAGAAGUUUUGUCCACGAGCCUCCUGUUAACUUCUCCAACCGUGUCAGUAGUUUGACCCCGGUUUCGGUGGAAUUCUUGGAAAAGAUCAACGCCUGGCAACUCGUCAACCAGUCGCGAGUCAAGUACUACGAUAACAUUGUCGCCUACGACGGGUUAACUGACGCCAAAAUCAGCUUUGAACAAUCCGAGAUUGCAACCAUGUGUGAAAAUAUGAACUUGCAGUCUGGCUUGUUGGGCCGAAUCCAGGAGCUAGACGCCGGCCUCCCCGACUCCUUGCAAUCCGAGAUUCUCGAUAACACCAGGGUGACAAACAUCUACAAAGAGAGCGAUACUCCUGAUGACUGGCCGAUUGUGGAACUAUCUUCCGGCGAAAAGGUAAAGGCGCGCUUGCUUAUCGGUGCCGACGGGUUCAACUCUCCUGUUCGUACGUUUGCCGGCAUUGAGUCCAGGGGCUGGUCCUACAACAAGUUUGGCAUUGUGGCGUCGUUGAAGCUCGAGAUGGAAGACUAUAGAAAUGUCGCCUGGCAGAGAUUCCUCAGAACCGGCCCGAUUGCUUUGUUGCCGUUACCGGAAAACAAUGCAACCUUAGUCUGGUCUACCACCCCUGAACUCUCCGUACUAUUGACCAAGAUCUCUCUGUCCAAGUUUAUUUCCUUGGUCAACGCUGCUUUUAUCUGCGAGCAUACCGACAUGGAAUACUUCUAUAAGUUGGCACGUGACGAAGCCACCACCGACGCACAGCUAGCUGAUGAGGUUUCUUGGAGAAUCGGCAGACUCCCGGCGGCCGAGAGAGAGGAACACUUUCCAAUGAACGUCACCGAUGUGAUUGAAAACACCAGAGCCCGUUUCCCGUUGAAGAUGUCCCACGCGGAUUCCUACGUGGAUGCCAGAAUCGCCCUUGUCGGUGAUGCCGCCCACACCACCCACCCGUUAGCUGGCCAGGGCUUGAACAUGGGACAAGGUGAUGUUAUGUGCUUGGUGGAGUGUUUGGAGGUUGGGAUGCAAAGAGGGUUGGAUAUUGGUAACCCGUUGGUGUUGGAGCCGUAUUUUGCCAAGAGAUACCCAGAGAACCACAUUUUAUUAGGCAUUGUCGACAAGCUCCAUAAGAUCUAUAACACUGAUUUUGAACCAGUUGUGCUUCUUAGAUCCACUGGGUUGAAGGUUAUCAAUUCUCUCGGGUUUAUGAAGGAUGCCAUGAUCAAGCAGAUCAGUGGAAGAUGA